AGGCUCAAGCUUUAGAAGUGAGUUUCUUUGAGGAUGCUGCAGUUGGGGGCAGGGGAAUGGCGCGUUCUCAUCAUAUGCUGCGACGCUUACCAAGAGGCGCCGUUGGAAUAUUGCUACAGGUGCGCCGAGCUUGUGAGGGAGGAGGUUCGGAGAUUCUUGCCACACACAAAACCCAUCCAGUUUGUUCACAAUCCAGAUUCGGAAGCGCUGAAGGACGCCUGCAACGAGUUUGUUCGAAGGCCAACUGCAAACCAGAGGCUCUUUCUGUACUUUGCAGGACAUGGCUUUGAAAUGGAGAGCAGGCAUUUUAUGGUCCCAGUCUCCAAAGGACCUUCCCUUUGCUUGCAAGAUCUUCGCCUGAAACUUGAGAAGGGCUGUAUCCUUUUCGCGGCUUGGGAUGCAUGCCGCUUGCAUGAGCCAUUUUACCCAGAAGAACCGCUGGCAUUUGAGACGGAAAAACUGCUUGCUUUUUUGAAGCCUAUGAAGACAGACUACGUAUGCUUGUUUUCUUGCUUGUCGGGGGAGCUUCGCUUCGACAACAUGGAGUUUGCAGAAGCUUUGUGUAGGUGCUUCUCUGAGCAAGAUUUGAAGUUGACUGAUGUGACUGGAAUGGUGAAGGCAGCUAUGGCUAAGCAUCGCGUUGACUCCCAUACAAGUCUCACCAGCCAUCCACAGUUGCCACCAACUUUACUUGGAAGAGCCAGCGCGCAUUCUGAAGCCUUUCGGCAUUUGUCCUUCCAGGACAGGGUUUUGUGUCAAGUGUACUGGACUCCAUGCUUGUAUUUGGGCACGACCAUUCUUGAUUUGAUAGUGCGUUUCGCAGCGGCCCAAGGGUGCAUUCAUAUACGCUUCAGCACGCGAGUGACCUUCUUGCUCUCGAUGACCUCCUUCUUUUGGGCAGCCUUUUCGCACAGUGAGAUCCCGGAAAUCCAGCAAACACCUGCUUGUUCCGUUCGCAUUGUGAACCAGCUAGUUCGGAACUGGGAAAAGAUCGAGUUCAUUGCAUUUAGGCUCCGCACGCCGAUAUCAACCCUUUUUCAGGUCUUCAGCGAAUUACACUUCAAUUUGGAUGCUGUGGGCGCUUGUGUCACUCUCUCAUUGGGUGCAAUAUGGUUUGUUCUGAGCGGCUAUUUCCUACAAGUCAUCAAGCGCUGGCGUGAUGAGGCAUCUCCGUUGAGCCAAGCUCGUGCUUCACGAUUGUGGAUGUGGGUGUUUUCUUAUGCCACCUGGGUGGCCGGCAGCAACUUCCGCAUCCUGUGGGAUAACUCUGAAGCUGGUCGAUGGAUCGAGUUUUAUUGGCAGACGUAUUUGCUACUCCUUCUGUUUUCCUUGGCGUUCACUUUAAUUUGCCGCUGUGAUCCAGGUUGCAGUUUCAAGACCCCCUGUGUGGCUGCUUACUCGCUGGUCCCCGCAUCAUCCAUUCUGGCAGUGAUUUUAGUUGUCCUGUGGCAAGGGGUUGCGUUCCAGCUCGUUUGGCUCGCUGGUGUGUUCUUUCAGUAUCUGGCUCUUUUCGGUCUAGGCCUCGUUGUUUACGUUUGGCAAAACUCACCUUUUUCGGGCUCCGGCGUUCGAGUGGUACUCACGACUCCAUGAGCCCCGCCCAUUGAUGCGCGUGAAUAUGCUUGCCUGGACGG